UCGGACACCUGCCAGUGCAACUUACAAGUGCCUUCUGGCCCUACUGGUGCUCCGUCAUGAGAAUUAUUUGCAGAUUGCUUGUCUGACCUUAUGAGUUAGGGGGUCCUGACCUGAACCCAGGUCAUGGUGGGCUGGCUGUAUGGUCACUUGUUGCCAUGGUUAGGUAGCAGGACAAAGCUCUUUUCAAAUAGUGCAUAUUUUUCUGCUGCUAAUGACGUGAGCUUGCUCUAGACCUAAGGGUCUGUGCUGUGAUUCUCCUGUUGAGCCUUGUCUUAAAUGCCACCUAGUGUCUUUUCCCACUAGGGCCUGCUGGGCUGUGUGGACCAAGCAGCUGGAACACUUGCACCUCAGCCUGGACCUGCUGCCCUGCUCUUCUUUCUCUGGGUCUCAAGCAAAACUGGCAUCUUUCAUGUCACGGGGCAACAUACUUGCUACAUUUUGUUCAUUCAGCGUUAAUGUGUCCACAUGGUGGACCAACACGAUGCUCUGUGGCAUGUCUACGUGGUCCCAGUCUUUUCAGCCUGUAUCCUGGUAUCCUGACAGAGAGCUGGAGAGUUAACAUCGCCCUGGGAAGAGCCGCGAAUGAGUACUGCUAUCCAUCCCACGUGAGCGCGAGCUGCUCCUUCUCCUCCCUGCUGAUAAAGAGGAGAAACUGCCUUCAUCGGAUCCUUGGCUGUGUGCCAUGUCUGUGGUCACUGGCUCUAGGGAAAGUACCACGUGGGCUCAGCAGCUGUGCUUGGGACUACACUCGGGCACAUGACCUUCUCUGCCCCGUUGAAGUCAGGUGUUGCCAUGUGAUUUGAUUUGGACAGUGAAACAUGAGAAGAAAUAUUACGGGGGAAACUUUAAGAGCAGCCCAUGUUUGUCACAUUUCUGUCCCUAAGGCAGCAGUUUUAGGAUGAAGCUUCUACCAACCUGACUGUCUGAGUAAGAGGAGCAGAAUCCCCUCACCCACCAGUGCUACGAGGUGUAGACAUUUGACUAAAUUCUAGCUAUUGUGUUAUGUGGGCUUCUUGGAAGAUUCCUUAUAGCUGGGUGAUAUGGUUUGGCUGUGUCCCCACCCACAUCUCAUCUUGAAUUCCCAUGUGUUGUGGAAGGCACCCUUUGAGAGGAGAUCAAGUUAAAGAGUAAUCCUCAGUAAAUCUUGGCUGCAGGUGACUGAUGGAAGUUUCAGAGGCUGGACUGGAAGAUGAAAUUGGGGCGAGAUGGCACACAGCAUGGCCUCAGGAACCUGGGCUCCAGCAACCUGCAGGUCCCAAUGGAGGCAAAGUCAAGGAGGGUCUCAGGGAGUGGUUGAUGUGUGAAGUCUCUGUCUGCCCAUUUGAAUAACAAGAGCACCCCUACCUAAGGGCCUCCAGGAGGAAUGACGUCUCAAAUAGAAACCUGCAUAACAUCAGCCAAAACCAAGGACCCAUUUUAUCGUCAAAGAGGUGUGCCAUGAAUGCAUGACUGUGGGAUCCACUACUUUGACCACACAUAUGGAUGACUUGAAAGCUGCCAGCCUUCAUGAACAAUGAAAAGGCCAUUGAUGGCUCAGCAAAGGUGCCAGCUCAGGGCCAAUGCUCCCCGGGGUUGGCCUCGAGGGUGGCUACAGUGCUGUAACAAUAGCCAAUAGGGUGCUGAACCUACAGCCUACCUAAGGUGCUUUGACACCAAUUGUCAGAACACACGGGUCUGGAAGCCAAAGCUUGGAAGUAGGAUUGGUUGCUUUCGUUGUAACUCCUAGUGACCCACUAGUUGAAUUUUGGUUCCUAUCCCUGAGAACUUAUGUUCCAAAGGACUAGAGAUCCUGGUUCCUGGGGUGAAGCAGGGCAGCUUCCCCUGAGGUUCACAGUAAAGGUUCUGUUGAACCCGUAUGUGACUGUCACUGGGACCCUUUGGGCCUGCUAGUGGAUGAGCAGGCAAAGAAAGAAGUUACUCCACUAUCAGGGGACAGAUAAUUCCAGUUCUCAAUGGGGCUGUGGUUGCUUCCAGGGGACUGAAACAUGGCUGAGACCGAGGAGAUUGUUGGUGGCUUCCUCUGGUGCUUCCAAGUCUGGGGUUAAUGAUGACUGGGCAUUUGCAGCCAUCAGGGCCUGAUAAACACAAGGCAGCCAAGAGCUCAGACCCUGAGCGGUGAAAGGCCAGCCAGUGAUCAGGCAGGUGGCCCGGACCAUCAUAAGUGCUGAUAGAAAUCUAGGACGUGCGGUGGAGGAGGGAGAUGACACGUCCCAACCACUGUCCCUCGUUAGCUGCAGGCGGCGUGUCCACCACGCCUUCUCUGUGGAGUCGUUUGGAGAUGGUGGCUGGCCACGACCGCGCAGGCUUAGUGACAGAACAAUCUGAGAACGAGGGGUGGGCUCCUGCAGACCCGUGUGGUGCUCUGACUCAUGCCCUCUCAGCCUAACUUCUCAUUUCAGCAGGGAUUGGGGUGUGUUUCUGUUCCGUGGUUAAGUCGCUGCGUGCUCACAGCAGCUUACUUCGAGCACGGGCUGCAGGUUUUACUUUCUUCAUCAGGAUUCCUCUCAUGCCAUGAAUGGGGAAGGUUUACAGUUGUAGGAGUUGAUAUACCUAGAGAAAAAUGCUGGUGAGUAAAGGCUCAUACCUCCUGUUUUCUUUGGGGGCUGUUCUAGAGCCUUCUGUGCCCUUCUCAUGAUGUCUAAGCAGAAUGGAGCGCCCAUUGUUUACAGCAGUUUCCAUGGCAAUACUGUUGCUUUUCCCUCCCCAGUCUCACUGUUACAGGUUGAAUUGUGUCCCCGAAAAGAUAUGUUCAAGUCCUAACCCUUGGCAUCUGGGAAUAUGACCUUACUUGCAAAUAGGGUCUCUGCAGAUGUCAUCAACUUAAGACGAGGUUAGGCUGGAUUAGGGUGGGCCAUUAAUCCAGUAUGACUGGUGUCCUUAUAAAAAGACAAUGUGAAGACGUGUGGGGAGAAGACCGUGUGAUGGUGAGACAGAGACAGGGAUCAGAGCAAUGCAGCUUCAAGCCAAGAAGCGCCAAGUUUGACAAGAAAUACCUGAGCCGGGAAGAGGCCAGGAAGGAUUCCGUCCUAUGGUUUUCAGAGGGAGCCUGGCCUUCCCACAUCUUGAUCUUGGACUCACAGCCUCCAGAAAUGUGAGAGAACAAGUUUCUGUUGUUUGAAGGAUGGUCAUGGCAGCCUCAGGAGAUGACGCACUCACUCUUUCUGCUUCCUCUCUCAUGCUCCCUGGGGUCGCCUCUCCAGUAACCUGCCUGAUCACCAUCCAUUGGUCCAGAGUUUUCUUUAUUAGAAACCCAAGCUAGGAUAACCUCCACGCCGUGCAAAGAGGGAGACACUGUUGCCUAAAGGAGACUUUAGUUUUUGAAUGAACUCUUUUUUUGGUGAUACAGUUAAUCAUAAUUCAAUUUACCAUUUUCUGACUGCCUAUUAUGUGCCUGGCACUUCACAAACAUAUCGAGUCUAAUCCAGUAUCAUUCCAUGCGGUAGCUGCUAUGAUCACCAUUUUGUAGAUGGGAAACUGAGUCUGAUGGAGGUUGGGAGACUUGCACUAUUUGUGACCCCAAAUCUACAUUCUUUCUAAAUAUGUAGGACCUAAUCUUUGCCCAAUAAUUUACUUUCUCUGUAGGUUCCAACUUUUCUCUAUGUAUCCACCUGGAUUAGUUGAUAUCUAGGUUUGGCUGCUGAGACAAAGACCAACAUAUGAGUGACUUAAACAAGAUGGACAUUUAUCUCUCUUUACAGAAGGCUACAUAUGGGGCAGUCCUGCUCCUCAGGGCCCACGGAAGCUCAGAUUCCUCCUGUCUACUUGCUCUGCCAGAUGUUGUUUUUGGUGGCUUAAUGCCACUUCCACUCUCCAGCCAGUAGAAAGUGGAUCCGGCAUUAUGCAGAACACGAAGAGAAGCACAUUGUAGUCUCUGACUUCAAAAGAAGCGGACAGCAAAGGGGAAGUUUCCUUCCAGGUGGAGGUUGUCGAUUGGUCUACGGAAUGGUCCAGGCUGCAAAAGACUUGUAGCUUUUAUUUGUUUCUUGCGGCUAUUUCUCCUGGAUUCCAGCAGCCAUGCUAUGAGGAAGCCCAAGCAGCCUCACAGAGAGGUCCAAAGAGAGUGGUUCGUGACAUGUUCAGCACAUAGGUGAUCCAACCCUGAAUCUUCCAGGAGGACACAUCAGUACUGGGCCAGGAAGAACAUAUGGAGGUGCAGAGCUACGGGAAAGCUGUUCUGACCGUGCUGGUCGUCCUGGCUGGGCUGGCAGGUUCUGGAUCUGGUAAUGAAGUCAUAGAAGGCCCCCAAAAUGCAACAGUCCUGAAGGGUUCCCAGGCUCGCUUCAACUGCACUGUCUCGCAGGGCUGGAAGCUCAUCAUGUGGGCUCUCAAUGACAUGGUGGUGCUGAGCAUCAGGCCCAUGGAGCCCAUCAUCACCAAUGACCGCUUCACCUCUCAGAGGUACGACCAGGGCGGGAACUUUACCUCAGAGAUGAUCAUCCACAAUGUGCAGCCCAGUGAUUCGGGGAACAUCAGAUGCAGCCUCCAGAACAGUCGCCUGCAUGGAUCUGCUUCCCUUACGGUCCAAGUUAUGGGAGAGUUGUUCAUUCCCAAUGUUAAUCUUGUAGUCGCUGAGAAUGAGCCUUGUAAAGUUACUUGUCGAGCCUCACACUGGACCCGGCUCCCGAAUAUUUCCUGGGAACUCGGUCUCCUGGUCAGCCAUUCAAGCUAUUAUUUUGUUCCGGAGCCCAGCGACCUUCAAAGUGCAGUGAGCAUCCUGGCUCUGACCCCACAGAGCAAUGGGACUUCGACAUGUGUGGCUACCUGGAAGAGCCCGAAGGCCCGCAAGUCUGCAACUGUAAAUCUCACUGUGAUUCGGCGUCCCCAAGGCACCGGAGGCGGUAUUAAUAUUCCAGGUAUAUUAUCAAGCUUACCAGGCUUAGGUUUUUCAUUGCCUACUUGGGGCAAAGUUGGACUUGGAUUAGCAGGCACCAUGCUUCUGACGCUGACGUGUGCUCUUACAAUACGCUGCGGCUGCUGCCGCUGUUGUGGCUGCAAAUGCUGCUGCCGUUGUUUCUGCUGCAGAAGAAAAAGAGGUAACUUUUUUGUUCAUUUACAUUUGUACAUACCUCUGAACUUUUGGUACAAGCAGUUGAAGUUAAUGAACUCAUCAGCUCUUUCAAAAGAUAGAUAAACCACAAUGUCACUUUACCUCUAUUAGAAUGCUAUUAUAAAAAAGACAAAAGAUAACAGGCGUUGGCGCAGCUGUGGUUGCACACUGUUGGUGGGAAUGUAAAUUGUUACAGCUUUUAUGGAAACACUAUGGAGAUUCCUCAAAAAAAUUAAAAUAGAGCUAUCCUAUAAUCCAGCAAUCCCACUCCUGGGUCUAUAUCCAAAGGAAAUGACGUCUUCAUAUU